AUGUGGUACGCGCCCUUUCGACUUCGUACCCCUUUUGUUGUGCUUCAGUAUCGGGUCGCCCCUCCCGUCGCCUGUCGAGGCGACCUGAAGGGGCCGCGUGCAGCCCCCCAGGGAGCCGCGACGGGCAACGGGAAAAGAGGGGGGGGCGGUGCACGUGCCCCCGGUGCGCCGCGACAGGUGACGGAGCAUGGCUGGGGCGGGGUCGAGGCAGGGCCGAAAGGGGCGGCGACGGGGCCACAAGUGGCGGCGACGGGGCCGCUGGAGGCGGCGAUGGGGCCGAUAGGGGCGGCGUCGGGGCCGCUAGGGGCGGCGACGGGGCCGCUAGUGGCGGCGACGGGGCCGAUAGGGGCGGCGACGGGGCCGCGAAGGGGCCGCGAGGAGCCUGGAAGGGCGGCGACGGGCCGCUAG